UGCCUUGCAAAUUGUGCCAAAAAUUUCAUCAUGCAGAUGAGUGACGUUCAUCUGCCAACUGAGAAACUAAUAAAAAAUUGUGACUUUUAACUUUUCAAAAACUUUUCAAUUAGAUUGUUGUAGUUGGACCACUGGGAUCAACUCACCAACCAAGCCAUUUCUGCAGUCAGAGGAUUUAUUCGGCUAUUUUAAUUGAUCCAAGUGCGCAGACUUCCCACGCGCCAGGAACUGACAGUGAUAAAUUUGUCGAAGAGCCUUGAGACAUUUCACCGGACCUUUCCCGUACAUCACAAGGUUUUACUUCACAACAAUUUAUCUGAAUUCAACGACAAUGCCGGACGCUGUAGAAGUGGCAUCUCCAGCGCAGAACGGCGCUCAUAAGAAAGAGCACGGGAAGAAGGAGAAGAAAACCGAAAAGACCGACAACGAAAAUGUCGGUGCAGAUGGAAAACGUGGCACCAAAGAUGUGGGCCGCUUUGUGGACUUGCCCGGGGCGGAAGUAGGCAAAGUCAUUGUCCGUUUUCCUCCCGAAGCCAGCGGCUUCCUCCAUGUCGGUCAUGCCAAGGCCGCACUGCUGAAUCAGUACUACCGCGAUGCCUUUCAGGGCACCUUGAUUAUGCGCUUCGAUGAUACGAAUCCGGAGAAGGAGAAAGAGGAUUUCGAGAAAAUCGUUUUGGAAGAUUUGCAAAUGCUGGAAGUGAAGUACGAUAAACUGACGUAUACAUCGGAUAGUUUCGAUAAGUUGUUAGUUUACUGUGAGCAAAUGAUCAAAGACGGGAAUGCUUACGUGGACGAUACUGAGCCGGAAAAGAUGAAACAGGAGCGCGAAGAAAGAAAGGAAUCGAAGUGCCGCAAUAACAGUGUGGAGAAGAAUCUGCAGCUGUGGAACGAAAUGAAACAAGGUUCCGAAAUUGGCCAGAAAUGUUGUGUUCGAGCAAAGAUGGAUAUGAAUUCGGACAACGGUUGUAUGCGUGAUGCCACGAUAUAUCGCUGCAAACCACAGCAUCAUCCACGUACCGGGAAUAAGUAUAAAUGUUAUCCCACCUACGAUUUUGCUUGUCCCAUCGUCGACAGCAUUGAGGGUGUGACACAUGCACUUCGCACUACCGAAUAUCUCGAUCGCGAUGAGCAGUAUUUUUGGAUACUGGAUAAGCUUAAUCUGCGGAAGCCCCAUAUUUAUUCCUACAGUCGAUUGAAUUUAAUGUACACGGUGUUGUCCAAGAGGAAGUUACGUUGGUUUGUUGAAAGUGGAUUAGUAGAUGGAUGGGAUGAUCCACGCUUUCCGACAGUUCGCGGAAUUUUGCGCCACGGCAUGACGGUUGAAGGGUUAAAAAAUUUCAUUGCUGCUCAGGGUUCGUCGCGCAGUGUUGUAAUGAUGGACUGGGAUAAAUUGUGGGCCUUUAACAAGAAAGUUAUUGAUCCCAUCGCUCCGCGUUAUGUCUCCGUUUUGAAAGACGAUCAUGUCAUAGUGACCGUAAACGGAGCAAAGGAAGAAACUGCCCAGAUCGCCAAGCAUCCAAAGAACGCUGAAGUAGGGCAGAAAACAGUCUACUAUUCGAACAGGAUCCUUAUCGACCGAGCAGAUGCCGAAACCAUCAAAGAAGGCGAAAUCGUCACUUUUGUUAAUUGGGGAAAUUUGAAAAUCUCCAAAAUUACUCGCAAUGCGUCAGGUAUGAUCGAAAGCGUGGAAGCUGAUUUGGAUUUGGACAACAAAGAUUACAAGAAAACUACGAAGCUGACGUGGCUACCACAAAAUGACAAACUCGUUCCCACCAUUUGUAUGCAGUACGAUUACCUAAUCAGUAAGGGUAAUCUGGGGAAAGAUGAAGAUUUUCAGAAGUUUAUAAAUACGGAUAACAAGAAAGAAAUUGUCAUGUUGGGUGAUCCUGAACUCCAAACUAUCAAGAAAGGUGAUAUUAUUCAGCUGCAACGACGCGGAUUUUACGUUUGUGACAGUCCUGCAGCUGGUAAUAAGCCGGUUGUGCUGAUUUUUGUUCCCGAUGGAAAGGAAACCGCUGCUACUGGGGCCGAAGCGAAUGGUGUGCCAGAGACUCAGUCGAGAGAAAAACCAAAGAGCAAACAGCCUAAGCAAGAGAAAAAAACAGCUGAAAGCGAUGGUAAGGAUAGCGGAAAAGCCGGGGAGAAGAAGAAGGGCAAGGAUAAGGAAGCAAAAGAUGACGGGGAUGUAGCGAAAGGAGAUUCGGGUCAGAAGAAAGAAAAAAAGGAAAAGGGCGGCGCGGGAAAGGAAGGGAAACCUUCCGGUGAUAAAAAGAAAGACGAUAAAGGUGCUCCUGGUGAUAAAGGUAAAGGUGCCGGCGAUGGCGGUGACAAAGAUAAAGGUGGAGAGGGAAAGAAGACCCGACUUGGUUUAGAAGUGAAGAAAGAAGAGGACUUGGGGCAGUGGUACUCUCAAGUGAUUACUAAAGCCGAAAUGAUUGAAUAUUACGACAUUAGUGGGUGCUAUAUUUUGCGUCCAUGGUCGUACUCCAUUUGGGAACAGAUUCAGAAGUGGUUCGAUACGGAAAUCAAGAAACUGGGGGUGGAAAAUUGUUACUUUCCCAUGUUUGUCUCGCAGAACGCUUUGGAAAAGGAAAAAAGCCACAUUGCUGACUUUUCCCCCGAGGUCGCUUGGGUUACCCGAUCGGGGGAUACGGAUCUUUCGGAACCGAUUGCUAUUCGACCAACGAGCGAAACCGUCAUGUAUCCGACGUUUGCCAAAUGGGUUCAGUCGUACCGGGACUUGCCUAUUAAAAUCAACCAGUGGUGCAACGUUGUGCGUUGGGAAUUCAAGCAUGCACAGCCAUUUUUACGCACACGAGAAUUUUUGUGGCAAGAAGGUCACACGGCGUUCACGAAUCCAGAAGAAGCCAUGCAAGAAGUGUAUAAAAUCCUGGAUUUGUACGCUAAUGUCUACGAGGAUUUGCUGGCGGUUCCAGUUAUUAAAGGUCGGAAAACUGAGAAAGAAAAAUUUCCUGGUGGAGAUGUGACCACGACAAUUGAGGCUUACAUCGAUGCAAAUGGUCGAGCUAUUCAGGCAGCUACAUCCCAUCAUCUAGGACAAAACUUUUCCAAAAUGUUCGAAAUAGUUUUUGAAGACCCGGAAACUGGGAAUCAGAAGUUCGCUUAUCAGAAUUCAUGGGGCUUGACCACGCGUUCGAUCGGUGUUAUGGCGAUGGUGCACGGGGACAACAUGGGACUGGUUUUACCUCCUCGAGUCGCUGCCAUCCAGGUUAUUGUUGUGCCCUGUGGUAUUUCCGUGAAUUUGAAAGAAGAAGAGAAAAAGGCAUUAAUGGAUAAAUGUACGGCGUACAAGGAAAGACUGGUGGCCAGCGGUAUCCGUGCAAGCACGGAUUUACGCGAUAACUACUCAGCUGGAUGGAAGUUCAACCACUGGGAACUGAAAGGAGUUCCAGUGCGGAUGGAAGUGGGUCCGAAAGAUAUGGCUAAGGGCCAUUUUAUUGCCGUGCGGCGUGAUAACGGAGAAAAGGUUACCAUUAUCGAAGCGGAUGCUGAGACGGCCCUGAAGACUUUGCUGGAUAAUAUUCAUAACAAUUUAUUUGAACGAGCGAGGAAGGUAAGAGACGAACGGUUGGGUAUUGUGGAGAACUGGAAAGAAUUCUGUGACAAGUUAGACCAGAAAAUGAUUUUGAUGGCGCCAUUCUGCGGUGAACCCGAAUGCGAAGACGUUAUCAAAAAGGAUAGCGCCCGGGAUCACGUUGUGGAAGCCGGUGCUCCCGCCAUGGGGGCUAAGAGCCUGUGUAUUCCCUUCAAACAGCCCAAGGAUAUCAAGGCUGACGAUAAAGUUCCUUGUAUUUUGCCCCAAUGUAAACGUUUCGCCAAGUACUACACCCUGUUCGGACGAAGCUAUUAAUACUAAAACUGCAUAUGCUGUCAAUCUUUGUACUGUGCUUUUUACUCUCUUGUGCGUUUUUAUGAGCUGCGUAACUUAUAAUUAUUCUAAUGGUGCAACAUGAUCGAUCUGAGAAUAGUCAUUACAAUGUAUGUAUCGGCUUUAUCGCGCACUUUUGCUUCCUUUCGUUGAUAGCUUUGUUGAUAGAUAAAGUUAUGUUAUUUG